UCUCACUAAAAGUUUUAAUGAUAGGAGCACAUAUAUUCAGCUGGUAAAUAUUUUCAGAUAUUUUGGGAAUUAUUCAUUAAGCCAAUGCCACCUGGAAGAUGUGAAGUUUGCUUUGAGUAUUGCUUUGUGAAAUAUGUACAGAUACCUCCAUAAAUGCUCAGCCAUCGAGGAGUCUAUUAGUAAAUGUAAUCUCUCCUGAUUUGCCCUUUCCUUAAGUUCUGUUAUUUUAUUUUUCUAAUGUUAUUGAUAUGGAUGCUGUUAUUAUUAUAGACAGUAUAAUUAUUACAGUGUUAAAGAUAAUGCUAAUUGGUAUAUAAAGUGAAAUAAGAUAUUUUUGAAAAUCAAGGAAAAAGAGUAAAUAGAUGAGAGAGGUACAAUUAGUAAUUGACUUCAUGGGCAUGGCAUGAAUGCACAUCCCAUCUCAGGCAUCAUUGAAUUAACUAUAUUCAGUAACAUUAUUAUGCCUUUUUGUUUAAUAGUGUUAGGCAGGUAUGUUCACUGAUUGUAUAGUAGAUACAGAUCUAUAUUUGUUUUAUCAUGGCUAUUUUUUAAAUUGCUAUAUGCAUUAUAUGUAUUACACUGGUUGUGGAGGAGGAUACAUUUUAACUAUAAGAAAAUGUGUAUUAUUUUUAUUGGUAUUAUAAGUGAAAAUUCAUUUGUGCAUGCUGAGUUUUUUAAUUAGCAUGACAUAUUUUUGGGAGAGCUAUAAACAUACAUUAAUGAUUUUAUCAUGUGUAGAAGCAACUCGUUUUAAUAGGUUGAAUGAUUAUUUUAUGAGAAGACAGAUGUUUGAUUAUCUUAAUAGCAAUUUAAGAUAUUGAAAGAAGGUUUAUUCUUAUUUUUCUAUGCUUUUUAUUGCUUUUAUUGCUUGAACCAAAAUUCAGAGUUGCCUUGGAAAGACUAAAAGAGAGCUUAACCUCUCUCAGGAACAAAGCACUGGAUUGAAGUUAAAAGAAAAGAAGAAAAAAAAAAGUCUCACUAAUAAUUUCCAAGCCUAACAUAGCUGAACUCCCCUGUAAUCAAAGCCAUGCUUAUUGUGUAUGCAGAAAAUGUAUGGGCUGGCGGCGUGGAAGCGUUGGGUGACGGGAAAGAACGCGGAGCUGGCUGGGGUCUCUUCCUCACGUAGUAUGAAACUCGUACCCGAGGACUUGCUUACCAUGAAUUGUGAGGAACUGAACUAUGCCCUCUGUCUCUUCCUAAAAGAUCUGAAGAAGCCCAAUGGGGAAACCUACCAGCCCGAUACUAUCUAUUACCUCCUCCUCGGUAUUCAGCAGCACCUUUUUGAAAGUUCAAGAAUAGAUUGCAUCUUCAUGGAUUUUGGAUUUGAGAAGUUCACCAACAGCCUCGAUGAAGUUACGAAAACGUUUUUGAAAUCAACUCCAUCGCCAAGUUUGUCAUCCCCCUGUUCCAUGCCCGUAACCAGAAUAACCGAAGCCAUGCUAUGGGAGUGUCGACAGCUGGGCGCGCACACACCCCAGGUCCUCCUAAACACGCUCUUCUACUUCAAUGUCAAAGUGUUCAAGCUCAAGACUGUUGAGGACCACCUAAACAUGUCCUUUGUGCAAAUAGUGAAGCAGUGGCGACGGACCACCAUAGGGAGAGAAGGAUCCGUGUCCAGAACGGCACUUCUCAAGUAUUAUCCGAAAAAGUCCUCCAUCGAAGAGUCCAAACCUGCGCCAAAUUAUGAAAUGCACGAGAAUCGGGACGACCCUCUAAGGUGCCCGGUCAAGCUCUACGAAUUUUAUUUGUCAAAAUGGUUUUUAGAGAUGUGGACAGCUCAGAACUUUGCACAAAGUUUCCCUGAGGGAGAGCAAUAUAACAAGAUGCCAUUGAAUGUCAACACUGCAGUCACAUUGAUAGUGCAGUAUGCUGUACAGUAUAUGGAGAUCAGUAGAUGCUUGUAUAGUAGCACAGUAGUGAUAGAGUCCUACAGACUUUUGAGUGCUAAGUACUACGAGCGAGAGUCUGCGUCAGUUGAUAUGGACUGGGUAUCUCAGUUUGUGCAAUUUGAAUAG